AGAGAAGUGUGAUACGCAUCGAACGUUAGUCUUAUUACGGUAUUUUUUUUUUUAAAGGGUUUCAUCUGAACUUGCUUGUUAACAGGAUAGCAUCUUCAAGUUGUAGUCAUGGAACAGUUUAACUAGCGGUUAAUCAAGACCUCAUACUCCGUUGCUCAUUUUCGUUACCUAUGUUAAACAAUUCUUGGAGCUAACACCCGUUCGUUUGAUCUACUCCCAGUCGUACUGUGUGAAUCGUGACUGAAUUAGUGAUUUGGAAAGCACCGAUUGUACCGUUUCAUAUCUUACAAGUAAGAUACAGGAUAAGCAGCGAAUACCAGGGCAUAAAAAGGAAUACAAAUUGAAAAAGAGAUGAGUUACCCACCACCACCCCCAGGGGGCUAUCCAAUGUAUGGGGCACCUCCAAUGCCAGGAGGGGGGUCCCAGUAUCCAGCACCUGGUCCAGCAUUAGGAUUUGACGGCAUAGCUAACCAACCUCCAAUGGGGGCCCCUGGGUACCCUCCUUCUGGACCAACAAUACCAAUGCCAACUGCUGGGGGACCUACUGGUAUGUAUCCUGGAAUGUCAAGCCAUAUGCCACCAGGGAUGUCCCAUCAAAUGCCACCAGGUAUGCCUGUUCCAAGCCCUAAUGUUGGCAUGCCAGCUCCUGUUCCACCCACAGCUGGUAAUUAUGGUGGAUCAACAGGACCGUCUAUGCCACAGCCUGGAUAUCCAUCUGGCAAUCUAUCAUUUGGGGGUGCAGCAAUGGCCACUACAGCAUUUCCAUCUCACUACAGGAGUCAGUUUGGUUUUCCUCAGCCCCAGCCUAAUUUAUCCAUGGGUCCACCCCCAAGUUUUCCUCCGUCAGCUCCAGCUAUGCCAACCCAGCCAAGUGUACCACCAGCAGCUGGUCCAGGAGUUUCAUCAACUGUGACAACAUACUCCUCAUCCUCACACUCAUCUUCCUACUCAUCCCAUUCCUCCUCUUCCCAUUCCUCCUCUUCUGGGAGUUCCAGAUCAAGCAUAAAAAAACCUGAACAAUCAAGAGGGCGACCUUCCAUCAAGCCGCAUGCAAACUUUUGUGCUCAGAAAGAUGCUGAAGUACUGCGGAAUGCAAUGAAAGGCUUAGGCUGUGAUUCUAAAGCUAUCACUGGUCUUUUGUGUGCAAGAACAAACGCUCAGAGACAGAAAAUUGAAUUAGAGUACAAGACUAUGUAUGGAAGGGAUCUUUUAAAGGAUCUUAAGUAUGAGCUGGGUGGUAAUUUUGAGACUAUAGUCAUUGCUCUUAUGAUGCCAUUGGCGGACUAUGAUGCAACGUCACUGAGGAAAGCAAUUAAGGGUAUUGGGACGGACGAGAGCGUGUUGAUUGAAAUUUUGUGUACAAGAACCAACGCCGAGAUCGUUGCCAUCAAGCAGUCCUACCAGCGGUUGUUCAGCAGAGAUUUGGAGAAAGAUGUGGCAGGAGAUACCUCUGGCCAUUUCAAGAAGUUUCUCAUCUCUUUGCUACAGGCUUACAGAGACGAAAGCCAAACAGUUGACUUGGCGAAAGCCGCAGCAGACGCUCAGGUUUUGUAUAAAGCCGGUGAAGGCAGAUGGGGCACAGAUGAGUCAAAAUUUAAUACCAUUCUUGUCUCAAGAAGUUUUUCCCAGUUGAAGGCCACUUUUGAUGAGUACUCUAAGAUAAGUAAAUAUGACUUUGAAGAUUCAAUCAAGAGAGAGAUGUCGGGAGACUUGAGAGAUGGAAUGUCCACAAUAGUCCAAAUUGUGAAAAAUGCACCAGCAUUCUUUGCUGUAAAACUGUACAAGAGCAUGAAGGGUCUUGGAACAGACGACAGCACACUUAUUCGAAUCAUUGUUACACGGUCAGAAGUCGAUAUACUGGACAUAAAAGACGAGUUUGCUAAGUUAUACCAUAAAUCUCUGGCCAAAUUCAUAUCGGACGACACACGUGGAAAUUACAAGAAAAUACUUCUCAACUUGAUUACCGAAAACAGUUAGGGAAAGACCCUUCAAAUUUGGAGAAAAAGGAGAACUCUUCUUGUACCUCACUCGCAGUUAUUGAGUGGUGUAUGAUGUAUCGGGUGCUCGAGUUAUUCAGUAAAAAUGGGAAAAAGUCCUGGCCAUCCCCAAAAACUAAGUGAUUGUUGUAGAGUUUUUCGGCCUUUUUAAGUGUUUCAAGAGUUUCUGAUCAUCAAAGAGAAUUCAUUAGAUUGUUGUAUUAUGCCUUUCAAAUAAAACAAUUUUUUUCUUGAUUUGACAUUCUGAACAUCCUUUUAACUUUCAUUUAACGUUUAUCUUCCAUAACAUUAAUAACCAUUUUUGUUAUAAAUUGUGUGCGUUCUAUAGUAUAGCUGAAGUAUUCUAAUUUAUCGUUUGCUUUGGUCCAGCUUAAGCAUCUCUUUGGUUAAGCAGACAUAAGAGCAUGAUAAUUCGUUACUGACAAAGUGAACUCAACGUCCUAUCAUUUCUCCACCCAUUUUCUCACGCCCAGUGUAUUUCAAUCUUCUAACACAGAGCGAAUGCUUUGGUCUGUAUCUGGUUUGAUUGAUAUGCUAUAUAGUUUAUAUAUUGUUUGAUCAGCUGAUUUUUUUAUAGAAGUGUUUCUCGUUGAUCUUGUUGUUGAAAUUUUCU